GGUGACCGGCGCGGCGGGGGGCAGGAACGUCAAGUCGAAUUUCACAAUUUGUACUUGUUUCGUCACAAAUAUUAAUUUACACCCAAAUUUGUGCAGCGUUUAGUGUAUUAGUGGAAUUGUGAGUUUAUAUAACUACCAAGAAACGUUAAGGGUUAAUUUCAGCUGUCGAAACUAAAGUAAUUCAAAAUGGCGGAGGUAGGGUUCCCCGGUCAGCACACGACGACGACCACGGUCACGUCCAGUACAACCGUGCAGACCAACAUCCGGUUCGACCCGCUGUAUGUGCGGACAGCGACUGGCGCACUCAAAGUGGUGCAAGUUGUGUCCAGUUUGCUGGGCUUCAUCAGCGUGCAGGCCGCUCGCUUCCAGUACGCGGGAUACGGCUCCUUCUACUCAUGGAUCUCGAUGAUCGCCUUUUGGUUCACCGGGAUUCUACUCGGCCUAUACCUGUUCCACCUGGUGGAGAAGUUCUACAAAAUUCCGUGGCUGAGGCUAGAGCUCGGGUUCUGUGCGCUGUGGGCCUUCUUCUACCUGAUAGCGGCCAGUCUGGUCGUCUCCAUAUUCAAUAACGCCGGCUACUCUGCUGCCGCGUUCUUCGGCUACGCUGCAAUGUUUGCGUACGCCAUCGACGCGUUCCUGAAAUUCCGCGCCGUGCAGGCGGGCGGACUGGCGCAGGGCACGCGAGUGGUCUCCAAGCAGACCACGUCCGCCGUCACCGUCACGCCGCCUAGGGAGGGGUAUUAAACUAGUCAAAUAAGCUACUGAGAACCCCGCCUGGUGGGCACUCUGCUCAGAUGCCGGAACUGAGCGGGUUCUCGCUAUACCUGGGUCAAUUUUUUUUUCAAAGUUGUCCACCUCGCUUUUUUAGUAACAUGGGUAUUUUUUAUGCAAUUCAUACAUAAUCGCGAGGUCUUUCGA